ACCUCACAGGUUGUGGUCCCUCUCCUGUGAAAAGCUAUAAAGAAGGUCUAAUGCUGCCUGGCUGCUCGUGUGUCUGUGAGGUUUAUCCCCCCCCAUCAUCCAUUUUAGGUGCCUUGGCUGUGCGAUGUAAAGUCAAGAAAUGGCGGAAAGUGAAACGAAUGGGGAAAGAAGAAGCGAGGACAAAGAUAAAGGAGGAGGUGGCAGACCUUUCCAAGAGGCCCACAGCCCGUCUCUUGGCCUCUCUCCAGUCGGUGCCCCCUCUGUUGGGACCAAGAGGCAUCUCCCUCGAGGGAUUGUGAUCCAGCUGACUGGGACAGAGGGAGAAUGGGACAGUCUGGACGACAGCGAGCUUAUAUUCUCCCUAGAUCACGAUGAAGACUACCCAACUAUAUCUCUCUCCAAGGAGAGGCAGCUUUCUGUUGAGGAUGAUAGAUUGUUGCGGUCCCAAGCUUUCCACGUCCCUCUUUCUCCCUCGUCUCCUGACUCUCUGGCUAACUGCUCCAACACUGGCCCCAGCUUCCUCUCCCCAGGCCCUUCUUCACCCACCCACCGACCUUUUGCAAGCCUGGUCAAGUCUCUCUCCACAGAGCUGGAGCUCAAAGAAGGCUCCACUCUCAGACCUAAACCCUUUCUCAGCCUUGUGAAGUCCAUCUCCACGGAGUUAUCCCGAUCAGAGCCUGAGGUGUCGCAGUCAAAAUCAGACUCCCGCCUCAACCUCCACCUAUGGAAGCAGCUCACCCAAUCAAAAACCCGCAGCAACGGAGACUCUCGCACUGCACCCCCUUCUCCUAGCUCCCUCUCCCCUAGUGGAGAGGCUCUGAAAGGGGGCUUCUUCAAAAUGGAGUUAGAGGACACCAAGAGGAAGCUCUCGGAGGCUGUGCACGAGCCUCUGAGCAGCAUGUUCAGUAAGAUCAUGAGAGAGGAGAGUGUAGGUAGUCCCAAACACCAGGGGAAGACGCAAGGGGCUCAUCAGGUCAGCUCCAGAGGUUUGGGACGUGAAGGUAGCACAGACACGGUUCUUUCUGACUCUCCCGUGAGGAACACUAGAAGAACAGAUGCUGAUGUUUUGCCUGUCUUUGACUGGCCUUCUGUUAGGCAUCCUGGGAGAAACCACCGUAGCCACUGCCCUGUGCAUCACAGCAGACAACAUCACAGGGAUGAGGAGCUGGAAAUAUGUACAGAUGGUGACAUGAUGCAAGUGUUAGCCAUUGAGACUCACAAGCCAAUAAGAAGAUCAGCUGCUGGUCCUCGAGUUCUUUCACCACCUCUAGUUAGGACUCCUUCUGGUCCUGAGCCCCCUCAUCCUCUGCCACGCAUGAGUUUAUUCUGCGUGGCCGUGUUAUCCUAUGGAUAUUUCAUCCUACCUCUCAGUCCAUACUUCUCUGGCCUGGCUCUGGGAUUAGCAAUGGGCUUCUUGUUAGGAUUGUUACUCAUUAGGAUGGCGUCUACCAGAUCUCCCAGUUCAGAUCCUCCAUACAGACCACCACAGACUCUGUUGGCUGAGGGGAUUCUGACAGAUGGCGCUGUCUGCACUGAGCCCGACACCCUGAAGGGCUGGAUGAAUGAGAUACAUGACUACGACCCAGAAACCUACCAUCCAGCACUGACUCACUCUGUGCUUGCCAGCCUGGAGGGCUCCUGUCUCCGUCUCGACUACCCGCGUACCAACAUUAGUCGCAGGGCCACGUAUGACGAGAGAGUCCUUGAGGCCACCUUUGUCAAGUCACGCUCCUUUCAGCUCGCAAAGAGCAAAGUAUUCCUGUUGCCAUCUGUGUUGGCUCGGAAGAGGAUGUGGAACCCAAAGUAUCCCAUCUGCAUCCAACUGACAGUGGGAGAAAACUCCCAGGAGGAUGAGCGAGGAUUGGAAUAUAGCUGGGAAGAGGUGCCAGGAGCUGAACCGUCAAGUCCACAACAAAGCUCCUCCAAACACGUCCAAGACCUUCCCACCACUCUUUACCUCUUCGGUCGUACGGGACGAGAGAAAGAGGAGUGGUUUCAACACUUAUUGUUUGCAUCCAUGGAUACAGAGAGGGAGAAAGAGAGGCCUGGCAGAUGUGUGUCCAGAUCGGGUGACCCUGCACUGGCUCAGAGUGCCUCGGGUAAUGUACCGGGCAGCAGAGGCUCCAGCAGAGUGGGCAGCAGCGACGAUGACGGCCCCACCACACCUCCCCCCUGCAUCUCUGCAGCUCAUGUUAAUAAGACUUCCAGCAGCACCAGGGCCCUCUCUGUGUUAGACUAUCCACGUUACAUGGCUCGUCUCCUUGCCGCAGAGGAGUUCACCCCUAUCUCCAGUCCUGGAGCCGGCAGCACAGAGACAAGCCCCACUAUCAAAGGAAAUUGCAUAUGUGAUUUAGCAGAGCACCCCGGGACGAGCCAGACUGCAUGGGCUAACGCUCUAAUUGGUCGAAUCUUCUGGGACUUCCUGCGAGAGAAGUACUGGGCCGACGCGGUUUCCCACAAGAUCCAGAAGAAGCUGAGCAAAAUCAGACUGCCUUACUUUAUGAAUGAGCUGACUCUGACUGAGUUGGAUAUGGGCUGCUCUAUGCCCCAAAUCACCGCUACUUCCAGACCAGAGGUUAACCACAGAGGUCUGUGGGUGGAGCUGCAGCUGGUCUACACAGGUGCACUGCAGAUGACCCUGCAGACCAAGUUCAACCUGUCCAAGCUGGGUAAAGAGGGGGGUCAGGACAUGGACUGUACGACAGAAAGCGGCAGCCCACGCUGCAGACCCGUCUUAAGUGUGUUGGCAGACAGUGACGAGGAGUCCUCCAGUGCUGGUUCAUCUGAUGAGGAAGAGCUGCUUCUGUCUGAACCUCAGGGUCCAGUCGGGGAGAAGGGAUCCACACCGGCCACAGAUGGGACAGGGGGUGGAAAGACUGGAAGGAAGAUUUUGAGAUUUGUGGACAAAAUCGCCAAAUCCAAAUAUUUUCAGAAGGCGACAGAGAACGAGUUCAUUAAGAAGAAGUUUGAGGAGAUGUCCAACACGCCCCUGCUGCUCACAGUGGAGGUUCAAGAGCUGUCAGGGACUUUAGUCAUCAACAUCCCACCACCCCCCACAGACAGGAUUUGGUACAGCUUCUGUGUGCCUCCAAAGUUGGAUCUGCAUGUCCGUCCCAAACUAGGGGAGAGGGAGGUGACUUUCUGUCAUGUGACUGAGUGGAUUGAAAAGAAACUGCAGGAUGAGUUCCAGAAAGUGUUCGUGCUGCCAAACAUGGAUGACAUCUGUUUACCCCUGAUGCACACUGUGCUGGAUGGCCCUCAAGCAUCUCAGCCUCUGUCCUCUCAGUCCCAACAGUCCCAGAGCUCCUCCACGGAGUCCAUAGAGAGGAUCCCACCAGAGUCUGACUAGUGCCUCGAAGGAGAAAAAAAUGGAUUCAUACAUUAUACAUUCACAGUGAGAGAAGGGAAGCAGAAUGAGGAUCACCAAACGGUCCAUAAACUUAUGUUUUGCCUCUAUAGACAUUAGUAGCUCUUACGCAGACUUACUAACCCUUUCUGUCUGAAGCAGGAGUUUCUAAAGGUCUGAUUUUUAACGCUGUAGGUGUAACUGUGAUGGAGAAUCUGUGGUUGGUUUAAAAUAGAAGCAUUUAACGAUAUGGUGGAGACGAAGCAGAUUACUGUACAAACAACAAGUGAUACCUUUUGCAAAUGUUUACAUGUGAAUGAUCCCUAUGAGAUUAUAAAUAUAUAUAUUAUAUUUAUUUGCUGCUUUGAUGUUUACAUCUCACUGUCACUUUGGAUAUAAGAUGAUGGAUGUUAAUAAAUAAAAACAAAAAAAACAAACAAGCAAAAAAAACAACACUUGCCUGAUUUAUGAAUCCUUUCCUGCACAUACUUGAAUUAAUUAAUGUGCAGUACUUCAAUGAACCUCGCCCUCAAUUUUAAAAACAUCCAUUAAACAUAAGAUUGCUGUUUAUUAAAUCAGUUAAUACGUUUUAAUC